AGGGAGGAGUCAGCACAACUUGGCUAGGAUUGGCUGUAACUGGGCGUGGCCGUCUCCACGGCAACGUGACGCACUUCUGUACUGGAUUUACUCCAUUACUCUGAGACACUUGGUGUGAUUUAGACCAAGGUUUCGGUCUGCUGAAGGUGACCCUGAGGUUUGAAGAGGAGAGAUAUGGAAGAAAUUCGUUCCGUUGUUACCACGGACUCUCAAGGCUCGAAAACUUUAAGCUCCAGAGGUCUGGAGGGGCAAAAUGGUCGGUCUCUUGACACUGAGAGCCAGGAUUCCGUGAAGAGCUACACCUUCUUCAGAAGGAGCCGUCCAGGGGAUCUCGGAGAGGAUGAGGAGGAGUCUGAAGGCACCGUGGGCGAGCAGGACCUGAAGGGGACUUACAAGCAGCUUGUCCAAGGGGUUCAGGAGUGGCAGGAUGGCUGUGUUUACAAAGGGGAGUUCGGGCUCAACAUGAAGCUUGGAUACGGCGAGUUCUCUUGGCCCACAGGCGAGGCCUACCAUGGGCAGUUUUACCGGGACCAUUUCCAUGGCCUGGGCACCUACACGUGGCCGGAUGGCUCCAGCUUCACAGGCACGUUUUAUCUCAGCCAACGAGAAGGCUACGGGACCAUGCACACAAAAACAAUGUUAUUCCAGGGAUUGUACAAAGAGGACCAGAGAUUUGGGCCGGGCAUCGAGACCUACCCUGAUGGCAGUCAGGAUGUUGGCCUGUGGUUCCGUGAGUACCUCCUCAAGCUGUGCACCAGGGUUCCCAGCGGUUUCUCCUUGGUAAACUACCCCGAAUUCUUGGCCUUCCUCACAAAAUCGAGAAGGAGACUUGAUCUCUCAGAUGAGAAGGUGGAGUUGGGUCUUUCUGAGGAGCAGGACCCCUUCUUCUAUGACUAUAAACAGUAUCUCCUGAAUGAUGAACUAAAGCUGCCUCCAGAGAUGCACGUCUAUUCGACCGACAACAGUCACCUGCCCAUGACCGACUCCCUGCGCCAAGAGCUAGAUGACCACAUCUUCAUGAAUGAGAUCCCUCCGUUCAUUGAGGACGAAGAACCCUGGCUCAUAACAAACGAGACUCCUUUGUUGGUCAAAAUCCAGAAGCAAACUUACAAGUUCAGGAACAAGGAUGCUCAUACCAGCUGGAACAUACCUGCCAUCCUGGAGGGGAACCGCAGCAGGUUUGGGCCCAGCGGCCCCAAGGAGCAGAUUUCCAAGAAGAUGAUCAUGAAGGCUGAGGAAGGGGACUAUAACUGGAUUUUUGGAAUCUUGAGGGACAACCUUGCCUGUGCUGACGUGGCUGACUCCAAGGGUUACACUGUGCUGGCCGCUGCGGCAAUGCAUUCUCACCUGGACAUUGUGAACCUUCUCCUGGAUUUCGGCGCUGACGUGAACAAGCGCUCGGACGAGGGCAUCACGCCCCUCAGUAUGUGCUUCCUCCAGUAUUAUCCCUGCAAAUCCUUCCACCCCAACAUUGCUGAGAGGACCCUGCUUCAGGAAUCUCCUAAAUCCUUGGUCACCCCCAAAAUUUCAUUCUUGCUUGCGGAUGCAAACAUAGAUUAUCUCUACGAUGUGGGCAUGCCCAUAGCAGGUGGAGAUGAAUUGAAGACAAGCAGCCUGGAUGACUCCCUGGCCUCCAUGCAAACCCCGGAGUCCAGCAACAUGCUUCACAAGGAAGAAGUCUCCCCAGUGAAGACUGUCAGCACUGACGUAGAGAAAGAGUCUGAGGGAGCGGCAGAAAAUGUGGACGCUAGCACCUUGUACAGCGUCGAUACAAAUUUCGAGUCUACCAAGUGCCUGCGGAACUACACUAUUAAUGUCUCGAGGGACAUCAUGGAGAAGAGUGCCCAGGCCUACAGUUCAUUGCCACAGCACCCCUGCUUCCCAUACAAAGGGACCGUGAGGAAAAUGGCACAGUCCAUGGUCGAACGCAGAAACCGUUGGAUGACCAUCACAUUGCUGCUCCGCAGAGGUGCCGAUCCUAACCUGUGUCAAGUGCCCAUGCAGGCUCUGUUUCUCGCCGUGAAGGCUGGGGAUGUGGAAGGGGUGAGGCUGCUACUGAUGAGUGGGGCCCAGACGGACAUUCAGUUUCCUCCACAGUUGCAGUCCCUGACCCCGCUCCACAUCGCAGUCUCCCUUCCCGGGGAGGAGGGCGUGAAGAUCACUGAGCUGCUGCUCCACGUGAUCACUAACGUGGACGCCAAGGCAGCGGACGAGGACUACGUGUACAAAGGUGGCAAGGCUGAUCUCCUGCCCUCAAGCCUGAAGCUCAACAAUGAGCCGGGCCCACCCAAGAGCUUCUACUCCACACACACAUUCAUCCCAGAGGAGGGAGGGCGCACAGCUCUGCAUGUGGCCUGUGAGAGAGAGGACAACAAGAAGUGUGCCAGGGACAUCGUGCGGCUCCUUCUGUCCCACAGAGCGAAUCCAAACGUGCUGUGGAGCGGCCACUCCCCGCUCUCGCUGGCCAUUGCCAGUGGGAAUGACCUGGUUGUGAAGGAGCUCCUGUCCCAGGGAGCUGACCCCAACUUGCCUCUGACCAAAGGCUUGGGCACUGCCCUGUGUGUUGUGUGUGACCUGGUCUAUGAGCAACAGAGGAGCGUCGAGAACAAGAUUGCCCUGAUUGACCGGCUCAUUAGCUACGGGGCGGAUGUCCUGAACCCCGUGACUCUUGUGCAAGGCGAUAGGACGGCUGUGGGCACGGCAGUCGACUAUGGCUACUUCAAGUUCUUCCAGGACCGGAAGAUCGCCCACUGUCCCUUUCACGCUCUGAUGCCAGCAGAGCGGGAGGUAUUCAUGGCCCGGAAAAGGCUGCUGGAGUACUUAGGCUUGCAAUUGCGCCUUGCUGUCCUCAGCAAGGAAAGCCGGCUGGACACGAAGGCCCUGUACCUGAGCAAGAGAGCAGAGCUGGCUCCCUGUCACAGGCUGAAGAAAAAAGGUUCCAGCUCGGUUAGGACCCAAUCCUCGGAGAAGCAGUCAAUUCCCUUUUACAAGUUUUGCUACCAGUGUGGCCGCUCCAUCGGGGUCCGCCUCUCACCCUGCCCCCGCUGCUAUGGAAUCCUGACUUGUAGCAAGUACUGCAAGACCAAGGCCUGGAUUGAGUUCCACAAGAAGGACUGCAACGACAUCAUGGCCAUGAGGAGGGCUCUCCAGUUCCAAAUGUCCCAGGUGUUCAUGAAAGUCCAGCCUGAGAAGUACCCGGAGCAGAAUAACCAGGUAUCCAAGAGUGUCCAGCACAGAAGGAAUGUGGAGUCUAAGAACCAGGUGUCCAAGAGUGCCCAGCUCAAAGGCAACCCAGAGCAGAAGAAGCAGGGGUUCACAAGGAGGAGAACCUGCUUGACGGCCUGACAUGGAGCUUCACCUGCAGUUACCAGUGAGUGCCAGCAUGCCCACCUCACUCUACAUGGAGGCUCUAUCGGGCCUUUACCUCACUCCACAACUAUCUAUCCUGGCCACUCAAGGAGAAAAGACUGUACCCCUACCCUCUCCCACGGAAAAAUCUGGGCUACCCAGCACCAGGGUGUCCCAGGAUUUAAAAGAAGGCAGAGUGUGAGGACGCAGCUGCUACCCUGGGCCUGGGCACGAAAGUAUCCUUGGGUGGAAUCUAAUACCCAGCCAGAGCUGUGGCCUUUGGAGAAGCCUCUCUUCUGGGAGCUGUGGCCCAGUAGCAUGAGGGGUGGAGCCCUUUUCCCUGUGCUUGAAUAGGUCCCACUGAAUGGCAACACUGUGGGCCCCAACUCUGUUAAAGCACACACAACACUUGGCUGAGCAGGGAUUCUUUGAAUCUGGGCUAUUGAGUGAGCUUCGUAGCAAUGGAGGUAGGCACUAUUUUACAUAGGGACAGGUCAGCUCCUGGAGGUGAGGGUGAACUAGCUCUGAGUAUCUUAAGUUACUUAGAACAUUUCUGCAGAUGUAGGAUAACUUGGGAUAGACUGGUGUGUCAGGCUAUUCCUUGUCCCUACACUGCUCUCUUGGGUACCUCUGGGGCACCCUGGCAGGAAUGAGAACUUUUCUAUGGCUAAGACAAUGGCAUGUAGAUUGAGGUGUGUUAAAGAGGUGGAAGGCUGGUGGAACCCACGUAGGCUGGCUGGCUCUGGUAUCCUGGCUCCCUCCUCCCAUAAACUUUGGGAUGUUCAGUUGGCACAGACAGGUAUCUUCCCAGGCAGGACUUGGAGAUAGAUGUUCAAUGGUUGCCACCACAUGGAAACCCCAGGACUUUCCUACAGGCACAACCCCUCUUCAACCUCCUUCUAACAAGCUCCAGUCUGUGCUCUGCCAUGGGCUAGGCAUGUCAGGCUCACAUGUACACACCGAGUCUUACCAGUUUAAAUGAGGUCAUGUCCACUGUAGGUCCCCAGCCUUUAAUUCAUACAAGGACUCAAAGAACACACAUUAUCCACUGACACCGAGUGACAGAGAAAGGACCCAGUACCCUGGCCACUGUCCCGGCUGCCCUGUACAGCAUGGGUGCUGCUGUCCUGACACCUAGGCACUCAUCUCAGAGCCCAGGUCUAGCUCCCAGUGCCCCUGCUUGAGUGGCACUAGCAGGGCUGUGGCUGGGUUGAGUGUGCUCAGGGCAUGGGCCCAACAAACCCACAGACCAAUUAUGGAGAAUACCCAUCCUGGACCAGGGGACCUGACUACUGGGCAGGCCUUGGUGCUGUGCUGGCAAUAGCCUCUCUAACCCAGUGACUAAAAGAAAGUUAAAAAAAAAAAAUUAAAA